AUGCGUAUGCUGACGAAGCCCUUUCCGUUUUGCUGCUUGCUGUUGGUGGUGCUGCUGCCGUUGCUUGGAAGCGUCUUUUCUGCGCCACACCCUGGAGGUGAUUUUGUCUUUCCCGAGCUGAACGAACUUGCCAUCGGAGAUGCGUGUACGAUAGAAGCAUCACCGGAUCCGAAAGGAUUUCCCUACGCAAGGGAAGGAAUCUGCCAACGGGUGCGCGACUGCGCAACGUUUGUGCUGCGCAUCAUCCGGGAACCGUUCGAUAUCCGGCGCGACGUUUGUUACUUUGAGGUGCACGAGCCGGUUGUGUGUUGUGUCGGUAUGCCUGUUUCAACGGAGGUGGUGCAGUAUGACCGAAUACCGCUAUCCCUAGAAGAUCUGGACAGUUCCAAUCUUAUUCAUUAGUAAGGAACAGUACGAUUUCCUGCAAAACAUUAGCAUAGAGGGAAAUAAAUUAUAAAACUAAA